AUGGCGGAAAUACCAGAGGUAGAUGAUGAGCGUGCCACCCGUAUGAAGGCUCUUCAAAUGGCCGACUUGGGUACUGCACGGCGUGAACAUAUAUCAACUGUCGAUCGCCCAAACAAACUUCAUCGCAUGAACAUUGAGCAAAUCGAAGCCACUAGAGAUUCAAACCGGAAGGGAACUGAAGCUUACAGUCUUGCUGAGGCCAAUAGAGAUAAAUUGAACAGCUGGGCGACAUAUCAUGAAACCCUGGAUGAGAAUCUUGAUUCAGAGAAGCUCGAGCCACUGUUAGAUGGCCAAACUCAUAGAAUGGCCCUCGAGGCUAAAGUCAAAGGAAGUAUUUUGGAGGAUUUGGCCAACUCAAAUAGAGGUAAAAAAGCCACCCGUGGGGCUCUAAAAUCCGGCCGCGGAGGGGGGGCUGCAGGUGCUCGUGGCCGCGGAGCAGCAAUCCACAGCUAUGCUCUCCGGAGUGGAUCGUUGGGUAGAGGUGAUAUGACAAAAUCUGAUCCCCGCCGAUUGACUCCUCCUUCGUUCCCACCAGAAACGAAAGCACCCAUUGCGCCUCUUCCACAGAAACUUUCAGACCCGUCUAAAGAUUGCAAUAACCCCCCUAUUUCUCGUGGAAGGCCGGAGAGAAAGAGAUAUGGUGUGCAAAGAAACCUGCCUCCGGUUACAAAGGCCAGGCGCCCUGUCUUUGCUGCUCCCCCGAAUGUCAAUUUCGAGUCCCUGCUGGCCGAUGGGGAUGAUUUUAUGGCCGCUGUUUCUAAUGUCCAAAUUCACGCGGCAGGCAAGCCGACAGAGUUGCCAACGGUCCCCAAAGGCGAUGAACCUCCUGAUAAGAACACAGGCACAGACAUGGCCUCUGUCCUGCCUACCCCCCAGGUCUGCCCAACCCCCAGCCCACCGCAGGUAGUUAGGCAGUCUCCUCCGCCGCCAGCUCAGUGUAGAGUAGAGACAACUGCACCUCCUCAAUCAGGCCUUGCUGCAGCUCCUCCGGUAGUAACUCCUACGCCGGCUGCACCCCUUAGAAUAGAUGUAUUUACAAAUCCUCCCGAGAACCGUGAUGGCCAGGGAACUGACUCCGCGUCAAUAAAGACAGACCAUGGGUUCGGUUCUUACCUUCCCCAACCUCAGCGUACGACACGCUCGGAAGAUUAUGGUGCUGACGACCUUUUCCUUUGUACUUCCCCUGAACAGCCAUUUGCUGCGCAAAUUGACAAGUACGGCUACAAAUUUGAGGAAGCAAAUGUUGGAGCAAGUCUACUUGACAUAAGUGACGAGCCAGAAGAGCCAGAGCAUGCGACCACCCAGACCAUACAGUCCACUCCACAAACCCGGCCUGGGUUUACCGAAGUGAAGUUAAAGGAAGAGUUAAAUGCUGCUAAACAGGAAUUAUUAAAGCUCACCAAACUUCUUUCCAAUCAAUCAAUACUUGAUCCAGACGUUAUUAUUUAUCUCCAAGAGAGAAAGAAUCGCCUCGAAGAAGACUUGGCCGUUGAAAACGCUCCAGAAGUUGGCAAAUCAGCUAGCCAGACUUUCAAACCGAAGAAUGCACAGUCUCUCCAGGCUCCGCCUAGCCUAUCUCAGUCUGUGGCUCCCCCAACUACAGAGCAAAAGUCAGCUACCCUAAAUACACUUUCUGAUACCACUAACGGUAAUGUCGUUGAUCCAUUUGUCCUGUCUACCAGUCAAACACUUAAGCGUGAGCCUGAAGUAAGUGAAAGAAAUGAUUUAAAAGCCCAAGAGAACAUUAGUAGUACCUUCAACCAGAGAGUUGCUUAUGAUAUACCCGGAAUUACGAUCUCGCAGCCUCAAGCUACGUUUCCCCAUGGGGUACCUCUUAUCAUUGGGGACCAUCUUCUGCCUGGAAGGCCGAUGAAAAGCGAGUCAUCAUGGCCCAACGCUGAAUCCCAGUCCAAGCAGUAUGAGCCAAAUCAAAAAUGCCCUACUACAUUUACCCCGACAGCUACCUUUACUGGGGCUUAUCACUUCGGCAAUAACCAAGCUUCUGCAUUCAACGGGCCUUUCCAGUUCACUUACCCCCCGGCUCCUGGUGUCACGUCCAUUUCGGCAUUACCACCAUUUUCUGCCCCUGUAUCUGCGGCUGUGCCAGACACAAACAAUGAGCCUGCAGUCAUUGAUUAUACUGUUCCUAUAGCUCCUAAAUCACGCUUUAAAAUGAGGGAUGCCCCUCAGUUCCCAAUUACUGCUGCUACAAUGCAAUAUUACUCCGGUUCAUUAACGGCACAGCAAUUAAAACCACACGCGUCCCCAGCUAGGAAGACAAAUGAGAACAUAAACCCUGUAACGAACUUUACAACUUCACAGCCCAUCGAGCCUGGUCAGAAAUUCAGUGAACAUAGCAGAAACUCAUCUUCUUCGCUUUCACCUGUUGCUAGUACGUUUCGACCACUUCCACCGGGCCGGGGCUCCAUACCUUUUGCAUUCGGUGCAUCUAAUUCUGGACGUUCCACGCCCAGUCAUCACUCUAGAUUCUCUUCGACUGCUCCUGAAGGACCCCGUGAGCCGAAGAAUGUUUUCGUUGCCGAGAUGGCAAAGCGUGGAGUGUCUGUUUCUGGGGUGCCAGUCAAUAAUGCGCCCGUUGAACGGAAGAAAAAUGGGAUGGAGAGCUCCAAGUAUGCUCACUGA